GAUAAAAAAUUAAUUAUAUGUUUUAAAUUCUUUAUUAUAUUUAGACAUAGUUGAAUUAAAAUUAGGGUAGGUUUUUCAUUUUGCAGAUAAACUUUUCUGCGGUCCUGCCAUUUCUGAAGAAAACUCACUAUCCCGCGUGACGCCAUUUUCUGAAGAGUUUAUUUUCCAUUGUUGAGGAUUCGCCGGUAUAAUACAAGUGGAAAGUUCUUUUUAAAAAUUCUCUGUAUUAAAUUCUUUUAUUAAAAAAAAUGAGUGAUAGAGAGAACAGCAAUGAUGGUAUUGGGAAUAGCUCUGAUCGCCAGUCACUAGAAGAAAAAACGCCAUCUGCAGAAGGAUCACCUUCACCUCAGAUAGAAGAAGAGAGACGUACCCAUUCACAGAGUCGUAGUAGAUCAAGAUCACAUUCUUUUCGUCGCAGAAGAUCAUACUCACGAUCUAGAAGCCAUUCUAGAGGCCAUCAUAGAUAUAAGCAUUACAGUCGUUCACGCUCUCGCAGUCCUCGACGUAGAAGCUCUAGAAGCAGAAGUCGUAGCCGUUCUUAUUCUGCAAGACGAUCCUAUUCUCCUCGGUAUAGUCCACGUAACUCAUAUUAUGAAGAUCGUUAUUAUGGCAAGUAUGAGGGUAAAGGAGGGCGUUAUUCCUCAUCAAGGUAUAAUCGUUCUCCCAUGUCCAGUAGGAGAAGGCAUGUUGGAAAUCGGGACAAUCCUGAGCCUAGUCGUUGCUUAGGAAUUUUUGGACUUAGUCUUUAUACUCAAGAGCGAGAACUUAGAGAUGUGUUUGGUAAAUAUGGUCCUAUUGAAGAUGUACAAGUAGUCUAUGAUGCUCAGAGUGGAAGAUCCAGGGGUUUUGCCUUUGUCUAUUUUGAAGACACUGAUGAUGCCAAACUGGCAAAAGAAAGGUGCAAUGGGACAGAAAUCGAUGGUAGAAAAAUCCGUGUUGAUUUUUCUAUAACUAAAAGAGCUCACACGCCCACUCCUGGUAUAUAUAUGGGUAAACCUACAUAUCCUAAGUUCAGUGGAGGACAUAGAGAGGGAGGAGGAGGUGGUGGUGGAGGCGGCGGUGGCGGCGGCUACAGAGGACAUUCACCCUCACCCUACUACAACAGGCAUAGAUACUCCAGGUCUCGAUCUCGUUCAUAUUCACCCCGGCACUGGAAGAGAAGACAUUUAUGAAGAAUAAAUAUCUUAAUUUUGAAGAAUGAAUCAAAAAAUUCUUUAAGAAGCAGGAAAAAAAUAUAAGUUAUGCGGUUUGAAGCUAAGAAAUAACGAAAAUGUGAAGCUUAAGGUAUUGAAAAAAGAAAAAAAUGGAAAAAAAGGGCUUUGAAAGGGGUAAAUAAUGAAGCCAAAAAUGAAGACUUCAAAAAAGAAGUGGAGGUUAUUUAGAAGUGGAAGAUUGAAGUUAAGUAAAAAGUUCUGAAAUUUUUUUAAUUGAUGUUUGCUUUAAGUAACCAAACAUCAAAUAAGCGCAUUUGCCUCCCUAUUUAAGUUUUUCAAACGAGGAGAAAAAAAAAACAACUUUCUAAUACCUAAGCUCAAGUUAAUUUCCAUAUAUUUUUGUAAUUUUUUUAAUAAGGAUGUAAAUAUUUUGAAAAAAUAAUUUAAAUUUAAAGCUAUUAAGUGAAGAAAUUAAAAAUGUAAUAGCUUCUCUUCUUUAGUCUAAUGUAUCUUAAUCUAGUUUGAGAUUUUACGAAUCUUUAACUUUAAAUAUUCAUUAAAACUAAUAAUUUGUUAUUUAUAAAUUUUUUUAAAUUGUAGUUUCUUAACUUUUUAAAGAAGAUUUAAUUUUUAUUAGCUGCAAUUAAUGUAUUCGUGGAUUUAGUUGCUUACUACAUUGUCAUUUUUUUCGUGUGUAUAUAACGGCUAUAGAUGCAAUACAGAUUAUUUAAAUUAUGAUAAAAUUUUCUGGCUUAUUAAUAUUUUAAUGCUGUCAGUUCAUUUUGCAAGACAGUUUGCAAUAAAACAAGGGUGUGGGGGAGGGUAUUUUCUUUCUCUCUUUUAAACUGUUUUUUAUUUUCUUAAAUUUUGUAAAAAUAUUUUAGUUAAUUAUUAAAUAUUUUAAAAGCCUUUUAUUGAUAUUAAUGUUUUCAAUAAACAAUUCAAUAGUAUUCUUUUAACCUUUUACUUACCUAAUAAAUAUCCUAAUAUGAAAUUUUUUGUGAGAAAACAUUAAAUUCUGAAUAAUUCUACACCAUUUUACAUGCAUUUCAUUCAAUUUUCAUUUUUAAAUGGUUAAAAAAAAAAGAUGUUUCCACUUUGCCAGUCACAAUAUAGUAAAGUCAUACUUCAGCAUUGUUUAAUGUUAUUAUUUAGUAUUAUUAUUGAUAGAAUGGGUAUCAAUGUUUAUUAGUAAAUAAUAUUAAUUUGCCAUUUAAUUAAUGGAACUUAAAACAUAGCAACAUAUAAACAUGCUGUAGCAUUAAAUAAAAUAUUACACGAUAAAAAAUAUUUUAAUAGAUUUUUAAUGUUUUUUUUUCUGUUAAAAUAUUUUUUUUUUACUCAAAAAUGUUUUCAGAAAAUAUUUAUUUCAAGAUUAUUAAACUAUAUAAAUAGCUUACUGCAUAUUAUAUACUAUACAAAUUUGUUUUUGCAGGUUACAAGAAAAUAAUACUUAAAAUUUACAUUUCAAAUUAGAACCUUAUUCCCAUUUAUGGUUUUGAUUAUAGCAAGCAUGAUGUAUCUGUAACAAAAUCAUAAGUAUUUUUCCUUGAAAAUCAGUUUUUGAAAUGUUUAGCAUUUAACGAAUUAUAAAUAGUGAAAUCCAUACUCAACUCUACUGGAUUUUGCUAGUUUCUUCUGGUCUACUUGUUUAAUAAAAAUUCUCCUGGUUUUUGUACAUGAAUUUUUUUUGCAGAUUAUGGCCUGCUUGAAUGUUUAAAUAAGUGUUACUCAUACAUAGUAAAGUGUGGCUCAUUUAUAAAAUUCAGUUAACUAACUUCGAGGAAUUAAAAUGCCUUUUACUAUUCAAAAUUAUGAAUAAACGUAAUACAUUUAAGAUCAUUUAAUGUGAAAUCAUAAGUGGAAAAUAUUAGUUUUUCUAUUUUGAUGACUACAAAAAUCUCUGAAAUUCCCUGUACUUAAAAUAUUUGUAUAUUUUGCAACAAUUAUCAUGAAAUUUAUAUUUUGUAAAAUCUACUGGAUUUUUUUCUAUCCCUGCUUGUAGCUAUGGAAGUUCCCAUGUCCAUAGUUGUUGGGACUUCAAAUAGUAGUCAUUCAAAUGAUAGGUCAUUUAGUUAAACUUAAUUAUUCACUAAGAAGAUUACAAAUAUACGAUAAUUAACUUAAAUUUCAUUCGUUUACUGUAGGCCAAAUGACUUUUAACUUAAGACAUAAUGGUAUGAUAUAUCUAUCGCCACACAUACAUGUAAAAUUGAGUAGGUGGUAAUUCACUACCCCUUUCAUGAAUAAAGAGACCUUUUUCUUAAUCAAUUUGAUGUGUAGAAUUAGCAGGGGUGAUAAUGUGAAAAAAUAACACUGAAAAACACACUUAAUAAAAUAAUUCCGUUUUAUAAAUACAAAUAUUUAUAUUAAAUGAAGAACAAAAUUGAGCAGAUCUUUUUAAGGAAAACGUAAUUUAGAGGGAAAGCUGCUGGUUUUUGUUUUUUUAAACUCCUUAUGUCUUUUCAACAAUUCAGUGUGUAUUGGAGUAGAAUAAAUGUAUAUUUGUCAGUUAGCUGUAAACUGCUUUUUUUAGCAGGUCAUAUAUAUAUAUGUAUAUAUUAUUUUCUUGAAAAAGGAUAAAGAUUUAUUUUGAUCCUUAAAAGAAAAUGGUAAACAAAGUGGAUGUAACUUGUGGCAGCACUUCCUUAAUUUUGCUUUUGCAAUCAUUUAAGUCCUGAUCUUAUAUUCAAAACUAUUUUAAGCUUAUUUUUUUGGAUUCUAUCGGGAUUUUUUUCAUUAAAAAAAAUUUUUAGACAAAGAUCCUCUCAUGAAUUUGGAAGGGGAUUGACAAGUUUUUCUAAUACAAUUUACUUUAUUUCUUAUUUUUUUGAAAUUGCAAUAAAAUUUUGAUUUUUUAAAAUUUAUUUUAUCGUGAAUUUUGAGGUAAGGAAUGAAUAACACACCUCAGGCCCUUUGAGCCCAUACACCAAAUAAUUUGUCAUGUCACCCAGCAACUCA